CAGAUCGACAAGAAAAUGACUGAAAAUGUCAAACAUUGUAAUUUUACUUCGGAUUUUGCGUGAUUUUUCCUUGUAAUUCCUAUCUAUAACGCAAUACGGCUUUAUAAUAAAGGAUCCUUUACUGUAUUUCCUUUAUAUUUACAAUAAUUAUCGUAUUAAUAAACGUACAACAGUUUAUUCGCCAUGUUGAAUAUAAAUAUUUUGCCCUCGGGGGAAUAGGCCAUUUUAUAAAUUUUAGCAUUUAUUCGUCGCUACUAAUUGUGUUAUUUGUUUGAUAUGACGUGUUAAUGGUAUAUAGAAUUGUAUUGCAGUGAAUUAAGCUACAGUACAAAAAUGGACGGAACCACCACCGACAUGAGUCACCAGAUGGAGUCCAGUAUGAACCAUCAGAUGGACCCCGGCAUGAAUCAUCAGAUGGACUCGGACAUGAGCCACCGGAUGGAGAAUGAACAAAUGGAGUCCGAGAUGAAGCACCCAAUCGAGCGGCCGCGGCCCCCGCCCGACCAGAAGGUGAUGAAAUUCAUCAGCGUCACCAGCGACAUAUUGACGGACGAGCAACGCCAGAUGUACGAGUCCGUACUGUCCACAUGGAAACCUAUAAUGUUUCCGAAGCGGGUGAAACGCUACAUAUGCCAGAAGUGCAACAAGGAGUUCAAGAAUUACCAGAACCUGUACCUGCACACGACGAGGGUGCACUCGUCCGAAGAGUCGGCGGUCAUAUGCGACAUCUGCGACAAGACCUUCAAGAACAAACACUAUUUAUACAUGCAUAGGAUGAAUAAACACUACUCCGAGGACGAGAAGUGCUACUGCCAGUUCUGCCUCCAAGAGUUCAGAACACGCAGAGCUCUGCAUAUGCACGUGAAGAGGAUCCAUCCUAAUACGCUGCCAGAGAUUAAGUGUCCCGAAUGCGGAAAGGAGUUCUCUGUUCCAUACAAACUGAGAUACCACAUCGACGCGUGCCACCGCCCCGAUAAAGAGAAGUACAAAUGCCACAUCUGCCAGAAACUCUACAAGAGCCACCUGAACCUCAACAGGCAUUUGCACUUCCAACAUUCGCAAGUGGAGAGGCACCCUUGCGUUUUCUGCUCGAUGACCUUCAAAUCCCGUCAUCAUAUGAAGCGGCAUAUCCUCAACAUCCACCCGCCUCUAGAGUCGAAGGUGACCUGCCCGGAAUGCCUGAAGGAGUUCAAGAACGAUCAGUACCUAAAGGAGCAUAUGCAGGUCCACUCUGCGGCGGAUACGAAGGUGAAAUGCGACCUGUGUGAUAAAUUCUUCCAUUCGGCUGUCCGUUUGAAGAAGCACAAGAAGAUUGUGCAUCCGUCUAAACCCAAGAUUCGGUGCGAGAAGUGCGACAAAGAGUUUGCGCACGCGCACUACCUGAGACGCCAUAACAACUCGGUGCACAUGGACGUGGACGAGGACAAUUAUGAACACGAGUGCGACCAAUGCGGCAAGAAGUUUAAACUGAAGAGAUACCUGAACAACCACCUGCAGAGACACGAGCAGCAGCAUCUGAAGAGGAUAUCACAAAUGGUGAAGACGGUGAUGGGCGAUGAACGCGCCGAGAAACCGUCGGCGCCCAAAAAGCGCGGUAGGCCGCGAAAAUCCUCGAAGCGCGAGGAGAUAGAGUUUAUAAAGUGCGAACCUGUGUCUACCUCGGAGUCAGAGUCGGGCGAAACCGAUUCGGAGUCGGAGUAAGGUCAUAUCGUUUGGAUAAAGUUUUAAGUGAUUAGCGUAUGGCAACACCUGGAAAACGGUUUAUGGUUAAAAGUGUGGUCGAAGAGUCGCAAUGUCGCUAUUAUCUGUCAAUUUUACAAGAAAAAAAAUUGAAUUUUUCAAUAUUUCUGAUGGAUUGUCCAAAAACUGCUGUGAUAGAGAAACUAAAUAAUUUUAAUCAACUGACCAGCAAAUUAAAAUGUCAAUCGUGUCAAUAACUUACACAUAAAUGUGCAAUUUAAUUUGGCGGGAAAUUUACUUCUAAAGUUUUAUUUUGAAGAAAAAAGUAAGUAUUUGAUACUUACUUUUUUACCAUAUUUAUCAUCUGGUCUCGUUGAUUGAUUUAUGUUACUGUUAUAUUAAUUAUUUAUGUUUUAGGAACUGUAUAUUUCCACAAUAAAGUAAAAAUAAAAUAAAAUACUUUUUUGUCUCAAAAUAAAUUUUAUCAAUGAUUUAAGCAAUAUGAAUUUUUUGUUCAUUAUCUGAGCACCUUUUAAACAAUCGAAUCAAUAAACAUUGUAAAUGGUUCAAUUGUUUAUGGAACUUGACAGAUAAUGUCGUUGUUGCCACACUACGACAAUUUUGGUACGAAUGCUCUUAAUAUUUUAUAAAAAAAAAAAUAUCGUAGUGGAUCGAUUAUUGAUUAUGGUAUAUGAACUCUGAAUCUUACAGAGUACAUAUUUUGUGUUGUAGAUAUUUGCAAAAGAUAAAAGAAAAAUGUUUUGAAUUCCUCAAUAUUAUAUAUUCUAUAAAUUAAAAAUAUCUAGGAUGUAGAUUAGAUACGCGUCAACAUUUUUGGCGGGAAUAAUUCCCGCGCGCACGAUUACCUUCUCUGUACGCUAGGGUUGGACUUCGAUGCUAAUAACUUUUUUCUGCUACUUUUUUUGCGUUUUUUUUUUUUUAUCUUAACUAGAAUUAUAAAAACGUUUUCCUGCAAUCACUUUUAAACGAUAAUUUACUACAAUUUUAGAUAAGUUAAAUACAAUGUUGGUGCAAUAAGGACUUUGUAAAUUGGCAUCGGUCAAUGCUGGUGUUAAAUUAUUUUGAUGUUUGAUAAAAUGCGUAGGAAUCAAAAUUUAGAUAGAGUAUUUGUCGUAUAUCUGUUCGCCAGAGGAAGACUUUGUACUCUAGUUGUCUAUCAAUCAUGAACAACCCGGUCCCACUCGUUUUUCCGCCGUGAAGCAGUUGUGCUCGCAAGAUUGUUUUUCAGUUUUGAAAGGUGCGAUAUUGUAGUGAAAUUACGGAAUGUACUUCAUAGCAAAUACACUAGUGGGACAAAUAUAUGCGUAGACAUGAGAUGACUUGUACAAACUUUUCCUCUAGUCAAAAUAUUAAUGGAAAUAAAAAAAUUGUUAGCUAUUUACUUUUAAUGUAUAUGUUGUGUAUGAUAAUUGGUUGAUACAUUGUCAAUUUUAUGACCUUUUUUUACAUUGAUUCCUAAACUUUUUAUGUUUUAAAAUUUGUCCAAACAAUAAAAUUGUAAAUAUUUUUCAAAUUAUCAUUUGUUGAAUUAAUGUUUCCAGCUCUGAAUAGAUUUCAAAAUAUAGUUUUUAGAUUUAAUUAGAUGUGGCAUAGAUUUGUAUAUAUUUUUUUGGGUAAUCACAGAUGUUAUAUUAUAUUAUAGGGUAUGUAUUGUUUUUUUUUAUCUAUAUGACACCCGCGUGGCAAAGGUAACGUUACGAUAUGUUACAUGUCCUUAAAAAUUAUAUUGCCAGUAUCUACUCUUAUGUUUAUUCAAAUAGCGCUUUACAAAUAAAAUUAACAGACAUUUUAUAACAAAAUAAUAUGGUCAGUAACAGGUUUUCCUCAAUUAAAUUCUGUAGAUUGUGUAUUUUUAUUUAUUUGUUUAUUUAUGUAGAUGACAAUUGUUUGACAAUUGAGUUGUAAAAAAUUCUAAUCGGUUAUUUAAUUGGAUUUAAUUUUUAACUCAAUUGCUCAAUGCAACAUUAUUUAUUUGGAAAAGCAAACAAUUUUACAAUUAUUCUUUUUUAUACAACUUAGAAUGGCCGUCACCUAUAGACACGAGCGGUACCAUAGACAUAACAGAGUAUAUUGUUUCGCCCAUGAUACCCCCCAUGCGUUGCCAUUCCCGAAAUAAAUUCACGCCAAAAACAUAAUAACAUAACAUUUAUUGUAAAAUCAAUACCUUUAUCCGCAGAUUACUAUGUUAUUUUAAUUUUAUGUGAUUAUUAGGGGUUAUUCAAAACUUCUAUUACUUUUGUUUUUAACUUACUACGUUCUGUAAUAGUUUUUUUUUAUAUGACUUUUUUAUCAACUUUUUUUUUAAUGUUUUUAAACAGACAUUGAAAUUAGCAUUUUGCACUUUCUAUGCUAAUUUAUUAAUCUUUUUAUGUCUCUAAAUUAAAGCAUAGUUUUUAUUUUUUUUUAUUUUACAUGGAUUUAUUUGCAAAUAGGGAUGUAUUGUUACGAUGAAAUUUUAUUGUCUAUUAAUAUUUAUUUAUAUGUUCGGGCGGAAUUUAGGAAAUAUUUAUUUAUUGUAGUAUUUUACGUGCAGUUUACAGAUGAUUAAACUCCAACACAUUACAAGCAAUUAUAUUUUUAUACAUAUCAAAUUAUAUAUAUAAUUUUAGUAUCAAUAAUAUAUUUAAUAUAAUGUACUAUUUUAAGUAAGUACUGUUUUCCCGUUUUCUUUUUAUUUAUGUAUUUUAUUAUUUAUUUUGUAUAAGUAAACAUUAUUAGUUGUUAUUUUCUUUAUCUAUCCCACUAAUGAAAUACCGCGUUCGUGAUUCACUGUUCAUCCCCAAAGGUUGACUGGUAGAGAAUGCUACUAACAUUGAGUCCGCUUUUUGUACCAUAUUUUCUUUUGGUCAGUUAAGUUAUUUAAAUAAAUUUAAAUAUCUUGAGGAUUUAUUAUUUCAGGGUGUCGUAUAGAUAAUGUUAAUUUUUUACUAUAUACAGCUAUCCGGCCCGUCCUAACACCGCCAUUGUCGGCUGUUUACGUGUAUGCAUGACACUUGAUAAAUAAAAAAAAACUGCAACUUUUUAAUGCUAGGUAUUGAAUUUGAUAUUGCAGAUAUCAAAUUAUAGCUAUACACUAUAUAUAUACUAGCGGCGAUUUUUGGAAUUAACUUAAAAUUAGGCGGCAAAAAGGUAACAGUGACAUGCGUAUGUUUUUAAGCGAUAAAGGAACGGUAACCCCGCCCGCGCUAUCGGUAGACGCUGGCGGGGCAUUAGUGAGGGUUGAUAGGUGAAGAUGAUCGUGACGGAUUCAUCAGGACAUAAACCCUCAUGGGUUUCCAAGGGCGACCGAGAGGAGGUCGAUAAGACAGGGUAUAUUGUUGGCAGUAGGGCUUGUUAGAAUUUUUAGUGCUAACGUUAUUUUGCCUACGAGUUUGUUAAUAUUGUUUUUUAUUUUGUACAUAGCUAGCGGACAGUUUCAGAUGAUAUAUUGAAAGACGGUUAGUUCCGAAAAUCCUCACUAGGUAUAUCAGGUAACAAAAAUUACAGAUUUAUCCUUUUAUCCAUAAAAAAAAAAAAAUGUAUAACCUGUUUUAACUAUAAGUGUUUUUUUUUUUUAAAUUGAAAAAUUGGCGCGAAAGUAAAAGAACACUUCAAUAGCUAAAAUAGGUUUGUGACAUUUGACACUUUAUGAAUAUAGAUAUAGAACUUUUUUAUUUUAAAGUCAUAUUGCUUUACUAAAAGGGAUAAUUAAAUGGCAAUUUUCUUGUUAAAUGUGUCGUAAAUACACAUUAUAUUUUAAUGUAAUAACAACCGGUUUAACUUACGUGUAAUUUGGUCGAAAAGCUGAACUAGUUUCGAGACUAUCCGGAGCUUUUAGUCGUGAGCGGCUGACAUGAAUGCGAGCCUGUCUUAUCUAGCUAGUCGAGCUUCCUUGACCAAAUUACAUGUAAGUUAAAUCGAUAAAUAUUACAUUAAAAAAAUAAAUAAUUUAUAGUUUACCAUCAGACGGGCUGUGUGCUUGUUUGCCGCCAUUGUGGCAAAAAAAAUAUGGCGACAGGCUCACGAUAGGUAAAUACUAGAAUAUAGGGAUGGGUAAUAUGUAGCAAUAUCUAUAUAUUUUAAUUACAAUAGUUAUAUACUGGUCUCAAUAAAGAAUAUGUUAAAAGUUUGUUAUCCAAAAAAAAAUAACAAACUUUUUAUUUGAAAAAAUAUAUCCAACCAAUAGGGGUCAUGACCUUUUUCCCGCCAUAAAUGUACAGAGCAACCCAAUAUAUAGAUACCGGAUCGAUAUCCAUAUUACCCAUGCCUUGUAUGUAAAUAGCGUAUACAUUUUACAUUUGUUGGCAUUACUGAAAUUUAUGCAUUAGUAAUUUCCUUUCUAGUAUAAUUAAUGUCGAUUCGGUUGCAUUCUAUAAAAAGUACAGACGUACAAAAGUAUAUUUUGUAUUAAUAAAUAAUAAAUACGUAUCACAGAGCCUAGUCCCAUAUUAAGCAAAGCUUGUAUUAUGGGCACUAGACAAUGUAUAAUUAGGUUGUUAAUGGAUGAAAAUGAAAUAGUAACACCACCUGCGUUAUUGGUAUACGCUGGCGGGGCAGUGAGGGGUGAUAAGUGAGGAUGAAGUCAGGUCAUUUGGCCCAUUGUGGCGAAUCCACCAGGAAAAUUGAUUUUCGUGGGGAACUACGUGGAGGUCAAAUCGACAGAGUAUUUACUGCAAGCAAUGGGGUAGUCCACUCUCUGUUACUAACAAAUUAAAAUAUUUAAUCCAUGUUCGAAAUUCAAAAUUUGAAAUCGUGUAAUUGAUGUGUUAAAAAAAAUAAGAUAUCGGUGUUAUUUUUAAUGUUUUUUUUUUUUUAUUUUGUUUUUAGAAUGCAACCAGUAAUCGUUGUCUUUGGAUUGUUACUAAGAUUAAGUACAAUUUUAAAUUUAUCUAUAUAUAUUACAUUAUAUGUGCACACGGG